AUUGAUUGGCCGGGUCUGUCGGUAGUUAACGGGUGUCCGUGUCUGUUUUGCCGGUUUCAGUUUGUUUUUUCACAGACGUGGGGACACACAGAGAGGUGUGUGGUGAUGUGGAGCUGAAACACCGAGCAGCAGGAGCAGCACUGACAUGGCCACGGAUGAUAAGUCUUUGUCCUCAUCGUCCACGGACUGGACGGCCGAUGCGCCCAUCAUCUCUCCCACAAGCCCCUCCCACCUGACUCACUUCAAACCGUUGACCCCGGAACAGGAGGAGCCGCCACUGCGCUCGGCGUACAGCUCCUUCGUCAACCUCUUCAGGUUCAACAACAAAGAGGAGGGUCGUCCUCCCUCCACGGUGGCAGAGAACCCUGAGGCUCCGCCCCCUUCGCCUCAGUCUCCGAGGAGGAGCUGGUCCAGCAGCCCGUCACACUACGGACCGAGAACACACCGCAAACAGGCAGAGCUGCUGAGACGCACAUCCACCGCCUCAGAUGUCAGCAGGAAGUCGGAACCCCCCUUAAGCAACCAUGACCCUCGCACUGCCGUCCAGCUCCGCACGGCCCUGAAGAGGCUGAAAGAGAUCAUGGAGGGGAAGAGCCAGGACAGCGAUCUGAAGCAGUACUGGAUGCCGGACUCUCAGUGUAAGGAGUGCUACGACUGUAAUGAGAAGUUCACCACGUUCCGCCGCAGACACCACUGCAGACUGUGUGGGCAGAUCUUCUGCAGCCGCUGCUGCAACCAGGAAAUCCCCGGGAAGUUCAUGGGGUACACAGGAGAUCUUCGGGCCUGUACCUACUGCAGGAAGCUGGCGCUCAGCUACGCCCACUCCGCCGACUCGGGCUCUCUGGGCGAGGACCUGAGCGUCCUGUCCGACUCGCCGCUGGCGGUGUGUGUUCUGGAGCCCAGCGAGCCGCGGACCCCGGUCGGAGGACGGAAGGCCAGCAGGAACAUCUUCCUGGAGGAAGAUCUCACCUGGCAGAGAGCUUCCAUUGGAAUGAGAAAGAAUAUGAUCCACCAGGACACUCAGAGCAGUGUCCUCAGCUCUCGUCUGUCCACUCUUCCAGAGGACGUUGGAAAGUCUCCGUCCAGGAAGAGGUCUGCCAGCGUGACCACCCUGUCCCUGGAUCGGUCCGGGUCCUCCAUGGUUCCAUCCUACGACAGCUCGGUCAGUCCCCCCACCAGCAGAGCCGUGUCUGGGACCAAGAGCGGCUCCAAGCUGGACCACAGCGAGGAGGAGAGGAAGAUCCUGCUGGACUCGUCUCAGCUGAAGGAGCUGUGGAAGAAGAUCUGCCACAACAACACGGGGAUGGAGUUCCAGGACCACCGGUACUGGCUGAGGACCUACCCCAACUGCAUUGUGGGAAAGGAGCUGGUCAACUGGCUGCUGAGGAAUGGAACCAUCUCCACCAGGGCUCAGGCCAUCGCCAUCGGCCAGGCGCUGGUGGACGGACGCUGGCUGGACUGCGUCACCCACCACGACCAGCUGUUCAGAGACGAGUACGCCCUGUACCGCCCCCUGCAGAACACCGAGUUCUCAGAAACGCCGUCCCCCGACAGCGACAGCGUCAACUCCGUGGAAGGACACUCGGAGCCGUCCUGGUUCAAGGACAUCAAGUUCGACGACAGUGACUCCGAGCAGCUGGCCGACGAGAACGACUACACCGUGCCCAAUUCCGCCAGUCCCAGUAAGAGGACGUCAGUCAGCAGCUUCCAUUCCACAGUGGACAGCGACUCAGCCUCCUCCAUCAACCUCAACAUGGAGCAGAACAACGUCAACUUCCACAUCAAGAAGCAGUCCAAGUAUCCCCACGUUCCCCAAACCAACGAGCAGAAAGCAGAGUUUCUGGUGUCGGAGGAUGGAGGACAGAACAUUGUGAUCAGUGACGCCUUCAUCAAAGAGUCGCUGUUCAACCGGAGGGUGGAGGAGAAGGCGAAGGAGCUGCUGUUCACUCCUCUGGGCUGGCACCACAGCUCGCUGGAGCAGCUGCGAGAGGAGAACGGAGAGAAGGCCGCCAUGGAGAGGCUGCUCUCGGCCAACCACAGCCACAUGAUGGCGCUGCUGCAGCAGCUGCUCUACAGCGAGUCUCUGUCUCUGUCCUGGAGGGACAUCAUCGUCCCCGUGGUGCGUCAGGUGGUCCAGACGGUGCGUCCCGACGUCCGCAACUGUGACGAUGACAUGGACAUCCGGCAGCUGGUCCACAUCAAGAAGAUCUGCGGAGGCAGGAAGUUUGACUCCACCGUGGUGAACGGCUUCAUCUGCACAAAGAACAUUGCACACAAGAAGAUGAACGCCUACAUCAAGAAUCCUAAAAUUCUGCUUCUGAAGUGUUCCAUCGAGUAUCUGUACAGAGAGGAGACCAAGUUCACCUGCAUCGACCCCAUCGUGCUGCAGGAGCGUGAGUUUCUGAAGAACUACGUGCAGCGCAUCGCGGACGUGCGUCCGAACCUGGUCCUGGUGGAGAAGACGGUGUCUCGGAUCGCUCAGGAGAUGCUGCUGGAGCACGGCAUCACGCUGGUCAUCAACGUCAAGCCGCAAGUCCUGGACCGAGUGAGCAGAAUGACUCAAGGAGAUCUGGUGAUGUCCAUGGACCAGCUGCUCACCAAGCCACGACUGGGAACCUGCCACAAGUUCUAUGUGCAGCCCUUCACGCUGGCCAGCAAUGAGGCGAAGACUCUCAUGUUCUUCGAGGGCUGUCCUCCUCACCUGGGCUGCUCCAUCAAGCUGCGGGGAGCGUCGGAGUACGAGCUGUCGCGGGUGAAGGAGAUCAUCAUGCUGAUGGUCUGCGUGGCCUACCACUCUCAGCUGGAGAUCUCCUUCCUGAUGGACGAGUUCGCCAUGCCGCCCAGCCUGGCUCAGAGCGCCUCCUUCCCCUGCCUGCUGGAGGCCACCACUGCAGAGGAGACGCAGGAGGAGGAGGAGGGGGAGGAGGGGGAGGGGGAGCAACAGCAGCAGCAGGAGGAACAGCAGGAGGAGGAGAAAAGCCAGGAGUCUGCACCAGCUGGAGCUCCUGAGGACGGAGAGCUCCCAUCGGACUCCCCUGCCAGACUCUCUGUCCAAGACAAGCCGGACUCCUCCGUCCAGGAGGACACCAGGACCUCGUCUCCGUCCCCCAGCCCCCCCGCUCCUCUGUCCGUCUGUCCCCCGUUCCUCCUGGAGGAGAACCAGGAGACGGACACUGGGACCAGGGGCUCUUCGGGGUCGGAGACGCCCCCGCCGCAGUCGUUCCGCGACCCCCUGCAGGACGACUCGGGGCUGUUCGUGGCGGAGCAGGUGGCCUCCUCCGACGACCGGCUCAGAACCCUGUCGGCAUCCUUCAAGCAGGAGCUGAAGGACAUCAUCCUCUGCAUCUCCCCCUUCAUCGUCUUCAAGGAACCCUUCCUGCUCACCGGACCGGGCAUGUCCUGCCCCAGCAGGGACUACUUCCCUGAGCAGGUCUACCUCUCACCCCUCCUCAACAAGGACUUGAAGGAGGUGGACAGCCGCAGGAAGAAGCAGCUCCUGAAGGACUCGGCGUCGGCGGCGGUGCCGGCGAACGGCGGCGGCCCCCCCAGGCCCGUCCAGGUUCUGCCCUGCCACAGUCUGACCGGCACUCGCAUCGUGGAGCAGCUCCACAGCUGCCGGGACCUGGCCCAGAUGCUCGCCGACUUCCGGGCCCAGGGGGGCCGCAUCCAGCAGAGGGAGGCCUCGGACCCCUUCAGCUCCGUCCGAGCUCCGGUGAAAGCCGACAGCGAGGAGGAGAAGCCCGGCAAACUGAGCGACAUGAGCUGGGCCCCGAAGCUGGACUGUUUGAACCCCAUCAACCAUCAGAGGCUGUGUGUCCUCUUCAGCAGCUCUUCUGUUCAGUCCAACAACGCUCCGAAUCCCUGCGUCAGCCCCUGGAUCGUCACCAUGGAGUUCUACGGGAAGAACGACCUCUCUCUGGGCGUCUUCCUGGAGCGCUACUGCUUCAGGCCGUCCUACCAGUGUCCCAGUGUCUUCUGUGAGACUCCCAUGGUGCACCACGUGCGGCGCUUUGUGCACGGCAGCGGCUGCGUGCAGAUCGUGCUGAAAGAGCUGGACUCGCCUGUACCAGGAUACCAACACACCAUCCUCAACUACUCCUGGUGCCGAAUCUGCAAACAGGUGACGCCGGUGGUCCCUCUGUCCAACGACUCCUGGUCCAUGUCCUUCGCCAAAUAUCUGGAGCUCCGCUUCUAUGGUCACCAGUACACCCGGCGGGCCAACGCCGAACCCUGCGGACACUCCAUCCACAAGGACUACCACCAGUACUUCUCCUACAACCAGAUGGUGGCCUCCUUCAGCUACACGUCUGUGAGGCUGCUGGAGAUUUGUCUUCCUCGCCCAAAGAUCUUCAUCAAGAACCUGGGACCCUCCAAAGCCCUCCUGCAGCAGGACCUCAAGGACUUCUCUCAGAAAGUGACUCAGGUCUACCUGAACAUCGACGACCGUCUCACCUCCCUGAAGACAGACACCUUCAGUAAGACACGCGAGGAGAAGAUGGAGGACCUCUUCGCCCAGAAGGACAUGGAGGAGGCGGAGCUUCGGAGCUGGAUGGAGAAGCUGCAGGUCCGUCUCCAGUCUUGUGGUCAGGACUCUCCUCAGCAGCUGCAGGUCGUCCUCGAGUCCCUUGUGAUGAAGAAACAGAGUCUGUGUGAAAUGCUGCAGUCCUGGAACAGCAGACUUCAGGACCUGUUCCAGCAGGAGAAAGGCAGGAAGCGUCUGUCUGUUCCUCCGAGUCCGGGCCGACACAGACCGGCCACCAACACCGCAGACGACAGCAAGAGCACUCUGGAGUCUUCACCUCGGAACCCCUCGCCUGUGGUGCUCAACGGCGACAAAGAGGACCGACACCUUACCACACUGCCCUCCACCGCAUCCUCCACCCUGCUGCCGUCACCAGGAGACCCUGGAGGAGACCCGGCCACGCCCGGACCACACCUCACCGAGCAGGACUCGGUCAGCCUUCCCGAAGAUGUCUUCGACGGUCACCUGUUGGGGUCCACAGACAGUCAGGUGAAGGAGAAGUCCACCAUGAAGGCCAUCCUGGCCAACUUCCUGCCUGGAAACAGCUACAGCCCGAUCCCCGUGCCUUUCGAUCCGGACAAACACUACCUGAUGUACGAACACGAGCGAGUUCCCAUCGCCGUGUGUGAGCGCGAGCCCAGCUCCAUUAUAGCCUUUGCUCUCAGCUGUAAAGAGUAUAAAACGGCGUUGGACGAUCUGUCUCAGGUGGCAAGUUCAGGAGGAGACGAAACUUCGCAGGUCUUCAGCGGCUCUGACAGUCGGCUGAAGAGCAGCCCGGCCCGGCCCGGCGAGGCGGCUCAGCCGAGUCGCAGCGAGACCGAACCCAGCAAGGAGGCCGAAUCAGCUGACAAACAGAAGAAACAGACCCUCAACCCUCACGUCGAACUGCAGUUCUCCGACGCCAACGCCAAGUUCUACUGCCGGAUCUACUACGCCGAGGAGUUCCACAGCCUGCGCGAGGAGAUCAUGGAGAGCAGCGAGGAGGACUUCGUCCGCUCGCUGUCGCACUGCGUCAACUGGCAGGCCCGCGGGGGGAAGUCCGGCGCCGUCUUCUACGCCACCGAAGACGACCGCUUCAUCCUCAAGCAGAUGCCCCGACUGGAGGUCCAGUCCUUCCUGGACUUCGCUCCACAUUACUUCACCUACAUCACCGGAGCCGUGCAGCAGAAGCGUCCGACAGCGCUGGCCAAGAUUUUGGGCGUUUACAGAAUCGGAUACAAGAACUCCCAGAACAACACGGAGAAGAAGCUGGACCUGCUGGUGAUGGAGAACCUGUUCUACGGACGGAAGAUGGCUCAGGUCUUCGACCUGAAGGGCUCGCUGAGGAACCGUAACGUGAAGACGGACUCGGGGAAGGAGAGCUGCGAGGUGGUGCUGCUGGACGAGAACCUGCUGAAGCUGAUCCACGACAACCCGCUCUACAUCCGCUCCCACUGCAAGGCCAUCCUGCGGGCCGCCAUCCACAGCGACGCCUACUUCCUGUCCAGCCACCUCAUCAUAGACUACUCCCUGCUGGUGGGCCGCGACGACGCCACCGACCAGCUGGUGGUCGGGAUCAUCGACUACAUCAGGACCUUCACCUGGGACAAGAAGCUGGAGAUGGUGGUGAAGUCCACCGGAAUCCUGGGGGGUCAAGGGAAGAUGCCCACCGUGGUUUCUCCGGAGCUGUACCGCGCUCGUUUCUGUGAGGCCAUGGACAAAUACUUCCUGAUGGUCCCGGACCACUGGACCGGACUCGGGACCAACUGCUGACACAAGGACCAGGUCCUGCUGAGUCAUUCCCUCAUCAGUGCUUUUAUUUUGCUGUAACUUCCUGUUUGUACAUGUACAGAGAUUCUGAAUCUAUUAAAGCUUGUUAACAACUU